AUGACCUCUGGUAGGGUCAGAGUCAGCAAUGAUGAAGAUUUUGACAGUACCCGUAUCGAAGAGAUCGUAGAGGAGAAACAGGUGUCCACGAAUAGAGACACAGUUGUUGAAGUCGCUUUGGGUAGGGAGGUACCUGAAUCCAAAAACGGGUUUUGUAGCGGCCCUCUGGACACGCUCAAGGCAGUCACCAUCUCGGAUGAGACCGGAGUGUAUAACUUGGCUUCCGUACUCUAA